UGUGUCUGCUCUGAGUGUGUCUCAGUGAACGUGUGUGCGGGCGGGGGUGGGAAAUGCCUGUGUCUGCAGAUCCUUGUGUGUGCACGUCUGCACACGUGUGUACACGUGUUUGUGUGCUCACCUGUACUGUCCCGGCCCCGGCCGAGCUGAGCGCCCUCCAUUCCGCAGGGCUGCUAUCCCAGAGCCUGGAGUUCAGCUCCCCCGCAGACAACUACACUGUAUGUGAAGGCGACAACGCCACGCUCAGCUGCUUCAUCGACGAGCAUGUGACCCGAGUGGCCUGGCUGAACCGCUCCAACAUCCUGUACGCGGGCAACGACCGCUGGACCAGCGACCCGCGGGUGCGGCUGCUGACCAACACGCCCGAGGAGUUCUCCAUCCUCAUCACGCAGGUGGGGCUGGGCGACGAGGGCCUCUACACCUGCUCCUUCCAGACCCGCCGCCAGCCCUACACCACUCAGGUGUACCUCAUCGUCCACGUCCCCGCCCGCAUCGUGAACAUCUCUUCGCCCGUGACCGUGAACGAGGGGAACAAUGUGAAUCUGCUCUGUCUGGCCGUGGGGCGGCCGGAGCCCACGGUGACCUGGAGGCAGCUCCGAGACGGCUUCACCUCCGAAGGCGAGAUCCUGGAGAUUUCCGACAUCCAGCGAGGCCAGGCCGGGGAAUACGAAUGCGUGACACACAACGGGGUUAACUCCGUGCCCGACAGCCGCCGCGUGUUGGUCACAGUCAACUAUCCUCCAACCAUCACGGACGUGACCAGCGCCCGCACGGCCCUGGGCCGGGCCGCCCUCCUGCGCUGCGAAGCCAUGGCCGUGCCCCCCGCAGAUUUCCAGUGGUACAAGGAUGACAGGCUGCUGAGCAGUGGCACGGCCGAGGGCCUGAAGGUGCAGACGGAGCGCACCCGCUCGAUGCUUCUCUUCGCCAACGUGAGCGCCCGGCAUUACGGCAACUACACCUGCCGCGCAGCCAACCGGCUGGGGACGUCCAGCGCCUCCAUGCGGCUCCUGCGCCCAGGAUCUCUGGAAAACUCGGCGCCGAGGCCCCCGGGGCCGCUGACCCUCCUCUCCGCCCUGGGCUGGCUGUGGUGGAGGAUGUAGGAAGAAUCCAGUGCAGUUUGCUUCCCUAGGCAGCGGCGGCGGCGGCGGGGGGCCUGGGCCGAGAGCGAGAGGCAACGGGGGAGCAAGCGCCAUGGGUCUCGAGGAGGAGGAGGAGGCGGCGGAGGGGCUCUCGGCCACGGAGGAAGAAGAGAGGAAAAGGAGCAGGAGGAAAGCUCUUUAGAGAACCCAUCACUGUGAGGGAUAACGCAAAAUUAUGCAUCUUUCUACAGCCAUUCUCGCCACCGUUCACCCUUCCAAAUGUGACCCACCCCCCGGCCACCCCACACCCCUCUCUUAGCUCAGGCUGGCAACUGGAUCGCGUGUGCGUAGUGGGCGUGGGAGUGUGAGGUGAGUGUGUGUGUGUUUGUGUGUGUGUGGCUGGGUGGGUGGGCGGGAAAGGGCUCAAGCACACGCGUCCCUCCUCGACACCCCCCAGGUCCACUGCCCCCAACCCCGCUGGCUCUCGCCUCGGGCUGGAGGGAGCGAUGGGGGCCCCGUGCUAGAAGCUGCCAGGAGAGGUUUUGCCAGGCUUCCCCGCUUUCCCAGUAUAUGCACGCACACCGCCCCUCCCCUCCCCGGGACAGGCUGUCUCCUGGGCAGGUUGGCAGCGGGAGGGGCAUCGCGCUGGCUUGUCAAGCUGUCCCUCAGCCUCAGCGAGCAGGUGCAGGAUCUCCAUCCUGGCUCCGGGCCUCCCCCCCCCCCCCCCCGUGCCAACCGCCCGCUGCUGCCCAGAGCCAGAGGCUCCACCCCCCGCUCAGCGGCCUGAGACCUUCCCUCCCGCCUUCCCCUCCCUCCUCCCCUUGGACUUUCUGGCCCCUUCCUGGGCCGAUCGGUGCUUCCAUCCAACUGGCAGGCAGGCGCCUGUGGCCACCCGUCUGUCUCAGUGCUUUGCCCUACCCCACCCCCGCUCCCCGCGGCCCCCGGCAGCGCCCCCCGCAGCCCACUCACAGGACCCCUCCCUGGCUUCUCCGCCAACCGACCCUCCCCAAGGCUGACCUGACCGCCCUCACACACACUCAGACACGCACACCCACCAGCAACGGUGACCAGCAAUAGCCCCCUGGCUCCAGCUGUCCUGCAGCCGGUGACCCGCUGUAGUUCCCCCAAGGAUGGGCCGACUUGGUCAGGAAGGGACGCUGAGGCUGUGACAUCAGCUCAGAUUGUAGGCACGCCCCAGUCACAGAGGGGCGGCGGGGGGAGACAUCACACAGACAUCCUGAGCCCAGACCAAGAUGCCAGGUCACCGGCUCCGAUUCCCGGGAGACCCUCUAGAAACACCCACCCUGAACUAGGCCACCCAGAGCUUGGGAUGGGGGAGAGGGCAGAGCAGGGGCAGGGGCAUCGAGGGGCAGUGACUGUACCUCAGACGGGGGCGUGGGCCCCAUCCCACAUUGUCUUCCAUUCCCAGGGUCCGGGGACGGGGAGGGGAGGGGAGGGAUGCGAGGGGGGGCGGGUGGGGGCCCUGGGGGCCGUGUGUUCCGACUCAUGGGAGUGUUGAGACCACCACACCAAUAAACGCCUUUUUCCAAA